UGGCGGACACAUACGCCAUAGCAGAAAAAUAGUAAUAAUGGUUAGUAAUACUAAAAUAGCAACAUUCCUUGGUUUAGUCAGCAUUAACAGGACUGGCAGAGCGUCGACAGUGCUUCCAAUCGCUCUUAGUGGCCUUUCCCUCACUGUUCGGAUAAAAUAUUUUUCAUUUGUUUUCGCCGUUGUAGCCACGGGCUCCGAUGUUGGCCCGAAGAACCGCGCGAGGUACGUAACCGCGGCCGAAGGAAGUGCUUCCGUACACAGGCACGGUUGGUUAGGAGAUUAGCGCUUUCCUUAGGUAGCUUUCCCUAGGCUAAACAAUAAUGAAGGCUUAAGUAAAUAAACGCGUUGAGAGCCAACUAUUUCCCACGACCAAUCCAAGCAAAGUACUGGUAAACGCGAUAUGGGCCGGCCAAGGAAUAUUGCAGAUAACACACGAACAACUUCCGGUCAUUCCACUACUUCAUGCAGGGAUAGGAACGUUAUUGUGUCAAAGGACAUGGCGAAAGUUCACUUUCGCCGGUGAAAUACCAAAGGAAACCUAAACAUCAGAGUGACAUACGGACACCGUACGCGCAGGGAGUAUUUUAGCAUUUUCUCAGCGUCAUUUUUACUUCAAGAGUUCUACUGCCUCUCAGAAUUCUCACACUGGAAGUACGAAUGAUGCACCAUAUAAUUAAGAGUAUCGUUGAACAGUAUUUCGCACAUUAAGAACGAUGUAUCGAUGCGUGCUUUUCUUUUUCUUUGAAACAUGUAAGUGUUGACGAGAAGUCGGUUCUGAAGGGUUACUUAUAUUAUUUGUCAGCUGCCUAUCCUAGCGCUGUCUAAUACUUUCUUUUCCCACCCUGUGCAGGCCCUCGAGGGCUUACAGUAUGGAUAAAUAAAUAAAUAAAUAAAUAAAUAAAUAAAUAAAUAUGGGGUCCAGUCAGUGCGGCGCCAGAAAUGCGUGACAGAUAGUAGUUUGACGAAGAUGUCGAAAAGACGGGGACUUCUUCUUGGGGAUAAAUGUUCGCGCCAGCAGCAACGUUAUAACGACAUCAUAUGCGCUCGCGAAUGCCAGCCGCCUUUCUCCUACGAAACAUUCAUAUCAUUGCACGCCAGGCACUCCGCAAGGUCGGUGACUCACCCGCGAAAGGGAGAUACAGUGUUUCCUUCUUCUUGCUUCUCUUUUCCGGAAGAAAUCGCGUGCUGAACUUGACGUUUGUGCUUAUGCGAUCGCCGCAGGAGAAAAUCAACACGCCGGGUGGCGAUCCGGUCCCCAACGCAUUUUCGUGUCGCAGUCGAUAACGAACAUGGGUCGUUUCCUGCCUCGCGCGUUGCACUUGGAAAGGGUGCCCAGCUGGCACACACCGUAUCUCCAGAUGGGUGUGCGCUUGUAUCUGCGGACGCCUAGCUCAGAACCGCGUUAAUGGGGUACCCGGGUAUCAACGCUUCCUCUUACACCCGAUCAUCCUGGAAGUGGUCUUUUGUGAGUCUGUUCUCGCAUCCGCGGAGUGGAGGUUUACGCAACGAACGCAGACCCUUGCGGCAUAAGACGUCCCUGCUUGUUGUUCGCCGCGGUCGACCUUGACACUCGCCGCGGCCUUGGGCACACUCGAACUGCCGCCGCUUCACUCGCUUCUACUCACUCGACGAGUGCGUUUCCCUUCACUGCCUUCGUCUCACAGGCGAACUCCGUAAUUGUAGGUUUGUGUUAAUCCGGAUAACUACGGUUCCUUGGACCUUAGCCAGAAUCAUUUGCGAUGUUGCGGAAAUGGACGUCUGUGCUUGUGCUCCUCGCGUUGAGCACGCCUCCUCUGGAAGCGACAACGCCCGGUUCGAUAAGGUGCAAGGACCAAUCGGGAAGGGAUGUCGACUGGUUCGUCAUGUACAAGCUUCCCAAGAUGCAAGCGUCCAGAGAGAAUUUCGUGACGCCCAAGGGUGGUGAGUUCGUCUACGUCGACUCCAACACGCCCAAGUCAUCCCAGACAUGGAUGCUGUCGAACCAAGAUAUCUUCGACCAGGACAAUCCAGUGGCUUACACGCUCAGACCUCUCCUACGGCCUGCACAGGACAUUCUGUACGUAGUGUACAAUGACCAGCCGCCUCCCGGUUACAAUGGAACCAGAAACGGCCACUGCAAAGGCGUGGCGUUGUUCGACAGCGGCACCGGUGUGUGGCUACUACACAGCGUUCCCCGCUUCGUGGAAGGAAUCGGCAAUGGCCGCUACAGCUUUCCCGAGAGCGGCAGGGAGAACGCGCAGCUGCUCAUGUGCAUCACUCUCCCGUCUUCCGAGAUGGACUCAAUAGGCAAGCACCUGCGCAUGGAGUACGCCAACGUGUAUGCAAGAGAUAGCCCGCAGAACCUUCUGGACAGACAUCCGCAGAUGGGGCUUCUCUUCAAGGAGAGCUUCAUCCGUGGCCGUGGUCAGGAGCUGCUCGUGCGGAACAUGACGAGUUCGGGCGGCCGCCGCUUCCUCAGCGUUGCCAAGAGGGCCAUACUCGAACAAGACAUCUACUCCGCCAUACUAACGGGCCUGGUACGCGACGACCUAGUCGUUCAGUCCUGGAGGAACGGUGCCGGCGACAAGCUGCCGGCGAACUGCAGUCGCUCUUAUACGGUGACGCAUUCAGACCUGGUGAAGCUAUCGCUGCCCGAGCGGCGGUCAAUCACCUUCAAGACCGAGGAAGACCACAGCAAAUGGGCCGUGGCCGUGGAUCGACCAGUCUUCUGCAUUGGCUCCAUGAACCGUAUGGAGUCUCAAGUGAGACGAGGAGGGGAAGCAGUCUGCGUUGAAGACAGCCUUCUGGGAAAGCUGUUCAGGAAAAGUGCCAUCGUGAACACCGGGUGCUCGCUGAACGGAGCGCGUCAGACGCCUGCCUCAACACCGACUCCUUCAGCGGGCACAAGACGAUCGCGCAGUGCCCAGCAGCGGAAGCGAACGACACGCACCUCAACCACCACCGCGGCUACAGCGAAGCCUAGCUUACGUCAGUUCCUGAUGGAUGUCGCCAUAUCGACCCUGUCGCAGCUGACCCAUCCUCAAGAGCGCAAGCCGGCCUCCAGGAGGUCGCGUAAACAGAGUACAACGACGGAGCUUCCGUUGAUGGUUCAGUUCAGCAACCUUCUCAAGUCUUAAGAUGUGCCGGACUGGAGCAAGAACUUUACUAUGAACGAGUACGAAAAAGUAGUUGAAUGUGCUUCGUACUGACGUGCAAAGAAUUUUAUGUCCGUCUGUGAAGCGACGUUAGUGGCCAGCAUGACUUGAAAGCAUUCGGCAUGUUAAGCUUCAUUUUUAAGUGCCACGGGCGCGACAUUGGGCGAAAAUUGAAAAGAGUUGUGACUCACCUGCAGGGCACCUUGGGCUCAGUACAACGCGACAUCGUCAUGUGACGUACCGCGGCGUAGGAGACGUAAGCAUCUCAUGACUCGGCUCGCAGCCUUUCCAUAUUGAAGUCAGUUUGAGCAUCACCUUUCAUAUGUCAAAUCAGUUUUGUGGAAAUCUUUUUUAGUUUCGUGCUACUGCCAGUUGCCAGACAAUUUUAUCAUUUAUGAUGACUUUCCUGGAAGAAGCAAUGGCUGUAUUCGUGCAAUUUACUGUGUUCGUAAAAUCGUUUCGAUCGACUUCUUAAAUGGCUUGAAGUUGCAGCACACAUUAAGCAUCUAUCGACUAGCUAAUUCAUCACAAGUAAGCCUCUUUUCUGACAAAAAAAAAAAAGUUUUUUUUAAAGUUACUUCAAAAAGGUGGUGAAACUCAACUACAUAUUUAGGAAAAAAAAAUCCGAUAAGAAACACAGCGUAAAAAAAGGAAAAUUUUACGCAGGAGAUAAGUGAGCGUUAUCGUGCAAAUGAAUUCGGCUAAUUACCCUAGCGAUUCUUGCACACAUGAUUUACCUCGGCCUCUAAUUUGAAGUUUCAUAAUCUGACCAACAACAAUCAAUUUUAAAAGGUAUGGUGUUGACUUAAAAAAAAAAAAACGUUCUUGUACGCCCUCCUACGAACCUUGAACCAUGGCACUUCCCAACUAGUUAUCGACGUCUUCUGGGAUUACCCAAGGAGGGGCAUGCACCCGACGGAGUUGCACAGUAAUCCGAAACAUUGCGAAUACUAUCAUGUGACCUACGGCCAAAAUAACGGCAGAAAUAAAUCUGCGCACCUCUAAGAUGGUACUGAGAAUGGUCUUUCACAGCAGGACGCAUUCUCUAAUACCUUUACGAAGACCUGCUUUUCUGUUCAGUCGCUUUAGCGUGGGCAGCAUUCUUAGACACCCCAAACUUGAAGUUCAAGAGGACGCAAAUUUGUAUUAUAAAAGUGUUGCACAGCAGCUCACCCAAAAACAACAGCUCACCGUUUAUAGCCGUUUUUGUCGUAGUUAUUCAGCAGAGUUCAAAACACUGCUGUCAAUUUUAUUCAUAUUACUGCAUCGAACGACAUCGUUACCUUUGUGUGGAGCUCUGAAAUGAAGAACAGCAUGGCUACAGCUGCCAGCUGCUGAUUACAGCUAACCUGGGCGUCUGUAUAACUAAAAAUUCAGUUCUUGGAUUUCACGCACAAACACUAUGAUCUGAUUAUGAGGCACGCCUUAGUGGGGGCUCCGGAUUAUUUUGGUCACCCGGAGUGCUUUAACGUGCGCCCAAUGCGAGUUGCAAAGACGCUUUUGCAUUUCGCCCCCAUCGCAAUGGGGCCGCCGUGGGCAGAAUAUUAUCUUGUGACCUCGUCCUGAGCAGCGAAAUGCGAUAGCUACUAAGCCACCACAGCGGGUUUCGAUGUAGUGCCUUUUCUGCUUUAAUAUACAAUAUAACUGACCAAUGAAAAUGGGAACGCUUCUAGAAGUGCGACUUUAUUCAAUUUUUCAAGAGAAGCAAGUGUCUCAUUCGUGCAUCAAUAGUUACAUAAUCCUUCUGAAUGACGCUUUAAAAAUGUCUCUUUUUGUUUUUCAACCAAAGAGCUCUCGUCGUUGUAUAAUUGUCUUGCAAAUUCACUGCAUGCUUGAUUCUGUGAGUAUUUGGGCUCUGCCACCUAUAGUUUAGCUUGCUGUGCGUACUGUUUAGUUGCAGGGCUUAUGGUUUAUAUAGAGUGCCCUAGGCUAACGUUAGCCACGCUCUUACGACCGAACAACGUACUAAGUCUUAUAAUAGCAUCUCGCAGUGUGCUUUCUUAAUCUUUUUGCCUGAACAGUUUGGCUCACGUUGGCUGGGACACAUAGUAUAUAAAAUGAGGCGCCGGCAAGUACUCUCUUGCUAGUUGUGGAAAUUGUAAUUGAAGAGUCUGUUUCAUGCUAUUAAGAACUGUGGAUUUACUAAAGUUAAAUUGUUUUUGUGAAUUUAUCAUCUCAUUGGUCAAGGUGUCAAAAUCUGCAAUAUAUCUUCAUGGGGCUUA